AUGCCGCUCGUGUGGGACAUCACGACGGUGAUGAGCGUGGUCAAGGUGUACACGUACCUGCUGACGCCACCUCUGAUGUUGAUCAUGUGGCAGUGCAACAAGCGGUCGCUGUCGGACGUCGUGCGCAAGCUGGACCACGCCAUGACAGAGACGGCCGUGGAGACCAGCCACUUGGCGCAGUUCGCUUGGUAUUCGGCCGCAUGGCUGUUGAUGUCAGUGCUCACCGAGUACGCCGUGUACACCAUGUUCCACGUGGACACCAAUUUUGCGUACUUCACGAUGACCGAGUACGGCAUGAUCGCCGUGUACAAUGUAUGGUCCAAGGUGCCACUGUUGAUGUACACGUUCCUGAUGGACACGAUCCGGACGGCCAUCCGGGACAUCAACGGUCGGCUGACCACGGUGGCCGAAUGGCGGACGUACCGCGGCCGGUGGGAUGAUCUCAGACGGGCGGCCGUCCAUCUGGCCCGGUACCAGUUCGGCGUCACCAUCGUCGCGUUCGUCGUGUGCACGAUCGCAGAGAUCGUGUUCUACGCGUUCAUACUGUACUAUUUCGGUUACAAUCACAAGAACUUGUGGCGAAUAUUAAUUUACUUCAUCAACGCGUUGUUCAGCGCUGCCUGGAUGUUUGAGGUCAUCCGCAUGACGAAAAACUGCAAGCUAGAGCUACUGAAAACCCAAAAAGUCUUGAAUUCGAUUAACAUUAACAUCAAUUCAGAUCACAAACAGAUAAAAUAUGCUUCUUUACAUAUGUUACACGCAGAUUUCAAUUUCAUGCCAUGCAAUAUUUUUGAAAUGAAUUACAGAAGUCUGAGAUCAAUUGCUACAUUAAUAACAGCAUUUCUGAUUUUUCAAAUUCAGAUGAAAUUUUCCUAA